AAACUUUGGAAAAGAGUACAGAGAUUGUGCACAGUUAGUGAAUCGAUGAUACAAAAGAUGGAUGGGAAAAUAUUCUUGGACCUACGUAGCAGUAUUGUGGACAUGCUACUCACCGACAGCUACAGAUGGAAGCUCGACGAUGACGUGAAGCACAAACUCUUUAAGCACCUUGUCGAUACUGCUGUCAAGGGGAAGCGAGACUUUCCAGAGAGCGAGCUGGUUGCGGGAAUAUUUAUCACGGGGUCAAGUAUUCUCGGUGCAGCCGUCAAGGCUCCACGUAUCAGGACGAAAAAUCUCAUCAGUAUCAUUUUUUGUGAAGUGGUGGCAAUAUAUGGUGUCAUUAUGGCGAUAGUGUUUUCUGCUAAGCUGCAAUAUAUAACGGACGUUGAACUUGAUCACGUUGCAAAUCGAUUUACUGGGUAUUCGCUAUUUUGGGCAGGAGUAACUGUCGGAUUUUGCAACUUGUUCUGUGGUAUUGCUGUGGGUAUCACUGGUUCCUCGGCUGCGUUGGCUGAUGCUCAGGAUGCCGCUCUAUUUGUAAAGAUUUUGGUUGUGGAGAUUUUUGGAAGUGUCUUGGGUUUAUUCGGAUUGAUCGUUGGGUUAUUGAUGAUCGGAAAGGCUCAAGAAUUUGCUUAA